AUGCGUGCUCUACCGGUUCUUGAGCAAUAUGGGCUGUCGGCAAAGUCGGGGUUUCUGCCAGCGGAGCUGCCUCUGUCGAGACUGCCGGACUACUUUGAGCCAUGGGAGUCUAUUGUGAAAGAUCUGCCGGCUUUGAUCAUGACCUCGAACCUGCGCAAGCUUGUGGAUGCCAUGCCACUUCUCGAUGCGACAAGGCUCAACAGUGAGCCGGAAUGGCAUAGGGCGUGCUCAAUUUUGAGCUUUAUGGCCCACGGAUACGUCUGGUCUCGCCCUGAGGCGUCCAAGAAGCUGCCAAAGUGUUUGGCUGAGCCAUGGAUUGCCGUGUGUGACCACUUCGACUUGCCGCCCAUUGCGUCAUACGCUGGGCUGUGUCUCUGGAAUUUCCGCACCGUGCUUCCCUGUGAUUCGCCUAGCAACUGGAACCUCGAAAAUCUGGCAGCUCUCACCACAUACACCGGGUCCAUGGACGAAGCAUGGUUUUACUUGGUUAGCACCAUGAUUGAGCGUCAGGGCGGCCCUUGCCUUGAGCAUGGCCUGCAGGCGAUUGCUGCGUCUCGUGAAAAGGACGUGCCAACCGUUGUUGCAAAACUUCAAGCUCUUGCCGAGAACAUCGAUGCUAUCAUCACCACCUUGAACAGAAUGCACGAAACCUGCGACCCGCACUUUUUCUACUUCCGCCUUCGUCCUUUCUUGGCCGGCUGGAAGAAUAUGGCAGCUGCCGGGUUGCCAGACGGCGUUGUCUAUGGCGAUGAGGCUCAGCCCCGCCAAUACUCUGGAGGAUCCAACGCCCAGUCCUCGCUCAUCCAGGCCCUGGAUAUUCUUCUGAAUGUCGUUCACCACCCUGAAGGCGAGCGUCAGCCUCCGCGAAUGGAGUCCAAAACUGCUGAUGGCGUGAGCACUCCUCCACCUGCCACGUUCCUUUUGGAGAUGCGAAAGUAUAUGCCGGUGCAGCAUCGCAAGUUUUUGUUUGACCUCGAAAAAGUCGCUGAAAUCCGCCAGUUUGUCGUGGAGAACGCAACUGAGCAUCCCGAACUGGUGACUGCGUAUGAUGCUUGCUUGGCAAUGCUUCGAAACCUGCGCAGCCGUCAUAUCCAGAUCGUCACCCGCUAUAUUAUCAUGCCUGCCCGUGCGGAAAACAAGACAAUUCGCGACGGAAUCGCCAGGGAUUCUGGCGAAACAGGUACUGGCGGAACCACUCUGCUCCCCUUCCUCAAACAAGCUAGGGACGAGGUCGGAGAUGCUGCGGCUGGUGCAUGGGGCCGAAGACUCUUGUCGUCUGCUCCCCCGCCGAAUGCUAAGCGGAUGAAAACCGCUGGCGCGUCGGCAAGUGAAGACCGAACUGCAGGCUCUCUCAACACCGCUACCGAUCAUUGGUAG